UAUACCUUGGUGAAGUUUAACAAACAACAACUAUCAGAAAGACUCCACUGAAUUCCAACAAAUUUUGCAAAUCAAGCUUGUGCCUCGAGCCUGCCAGACAGAAGUUGGUGAGAGACAUCUCCCUGGCUCGAUUGGAGGCAACUGAAAGUCACUGAACUCAUUUCCUGACCUGCCAGCUAGGUUCAUCCUGGCUCCCAAGGCAUGAUUGAUAUUGCACAACAUCUCUGGCUCUGCACGGGAACGUAUAAAAGUGACAGACAGCAAUGGGCAUCACAAAGAGAUGUGAACUUACGAGGAACAACCCACACCGUGGGGCUUUAACAGCUAGUGCUUUGCGCACAUCAGUUAAAACAGCGCAGAUUCUCAGAAAAGGUCCAGACAAGCUGCAAACUAAACUGAAAGAUACAGAUAUAAAGCAAGAACAUGUCUAAAUUCUCAGCUGACCAGCUAAGAUCAGUGAUGGUGUGCCCAUCAUCAAUCCGGAAUGUAUCUGUCAUUGCCCAUGUGGACCAUGGAAAGACAACUCUGACCGAUUCGCUGCUCUCCCGAGCUGGAAUUCUUUCAGAAGAACAGUCUGGUGGCCGUAGAUUGACUGAUAACCGUGAAGAUGAGCAACUAAAGGGCAUCACCAUUAAAUCCACGGCAAUUUCACUGUACUAUGACAAAGAAGACAGUCAUGCUAAAGGCAAGAACACUGGAUUACUGAUAAAUUUGAUUGACAGUCCAGGCCAUGUUGAUUUCUCCUCGGAGGUAACAGCCUCUCUCAGAGUGACCGAUGGUGCUUUGGUUGUGGUGGAUGCCAUCAGUGGCGUUUGUGUGCAGACAGAGACGGUUCUGCGCCAGGCCCUGACAGAGAGAAUCAAGCCAGUCCUGAUCAUCAACAAGCUGGACAGGUGUGUGUUUGAGAAGCAGAUGAGUGUAGAGGAAAUAUUCCAGCAGCUGAGGUCAAUUGUGGAGUCAGUAAAUGUGCUGAUUUCCAUGUACAGUGAAGAGGAAGGACCCAUGGGCAACAUUAGUUUGGACCCAGCUAAGGGGGACGUGGCGUUUGGAGCGGGAAUCCAUGGAUGGGGCUUUACACUGCAGCAGUUUGCUCGUAUGUACGCACACAAAAUCGGUGUGAAGGAGGACAAAAUGAUGAAGAGGCUGUGGGGAGAGAACUACUACAACAAUAAAACUCGCAGAUGGUCCAAAGUACCAGAAGAAUGCAGUGUUCGUGGAUUUAACAAGUUCAUCCUAGAACCUUUGUGCAGGGUUUUACACUUAGCAACAGAGAACAAGAAAGAAGAGCUGAAGCAGGUUGUGGAGAAGCUAAAUAUUCAAGUGAAGACCGAACAGUGGGAGAAAGAAGGCAAAUAUUUGAUGAGAAUGGUGAUGAAGAAAUGGCUGCCAGUUGGAGAGGCCAUGUUGGAAAUGAUAGAUCGCCAUUUGCCCUCGCCAGCAACAGCACAGCGCUACAGGACAGAACUGUUGUAUGAAGGACCUCAGGAUGAUGAGGUUGCCAUAGCAAUGAAGGAAUGCAACCCAAAUGGACCUUUGAUGGUGUACAUCUCCAAAAUGGUGCCUUCAUCAGACAAGGCCCGUUUUCUUGCUUUUGGUCGGAUCUUCUCUGGCACAGUUAGCUCUGGACAGAAGGUUCGGAUCAUGGGACCUGACUACAACCCAACCAGAGCAAAAGAAACAGAUCUGUUCAUCAAGAGCAUCACAAGAGCAGUAAUCAUGAUGGCUGGAGGAACAAUGUCAGUAGGAGACGUGCCUUGUGGCAAUGUGGUGGGCUUAGGUGGCAUCGACCAGUAUCUCACCAAGACAGGAACCAUCACAACCUGUCCUCUUGCUCACAAUAUUAAGGUAUUGAAGUUUUCUGUCAGUCCGGUUGUUCGUGUUGCCGUUGAACCCGUCAAAGCCUCUGAGCUGCCCAAAUUGAUUGAGGGACUGAAGAGAUUAUGUAAAUCUGAUACCAUUGUUCAGUGCACAUCAGAGAAUGGUCAACAUGUGAUUGCCGGGGCUGGAGAACUCCAUCUAGAGAUCUGCCUCAACGACCUUGAGAAGAAAUAUGCGGGCAUUGCACUAAAGAAAUCAGACCCACUGGUGACAUACCGGGAAACCGUAACGUGUCCCUCUGACCGCGUGUGCCUGGCUAAGACAAAUAACAAGCUGAACCGUCUGUUCAUGACUGCCCAACCCUUCCCCGAGGGACUCUCUGAGGAAGUGGGAUGAGUGACUUCCACACAGGACUUUAAGGAAAGAGCCAAGUAUCUUGCAGAGCAUUUCGAUUUCGAGUCAACACAGGCCCGUAAGAUCUGGUGUUUUGGUCCAAACACCAAUGGCCCUAACAUGUUGGUGGACACCACAAAGGCCAUACAGAAUCUGAGCAGCAUCAAGGACUCUGUGUGCGCCGGCUUCCAGUGGGUCACUCAAGAGGGUGUACUGUGUGAAGAGAAUGUCAGAGGGGUACGGUUUAACAUCGUUGAUGCUCACAUUCACUCUGACCCCGCCCACAUCCGGCAAGGGCAGAUCAUCCCAGCGACAAGACGCGCUUUGCUAGGGUCUCUGUUGACUGCCUCACCCCGGAUUCUGGAGCCAGUGUACAUGGUGGAGAUACAGUGUCCUGAAUCUGUGCUGGGGAAUGUGUUCAGUCUUGUGAACAGGAAGAGAGGUCAGGUAGUACAGGAGUUGUCAGUGCAGGGAACACAGGCCCGGGUUGUCAAAGCUUACCUCCCUGUCAAUGAGUCUUUUGGUUUUGCAGCAGAACUUCAUAGCAGUACAAGUGGACAGGCAUUCCCACAAUGCUUUUUUGACCACUGGCAACUGUUGCCCGGCAACCCUCUUGAGCCCAGCACUCGAGCUGGCAGCGUUGUGACUGAUGUCCGAUCACGUAAAGGACUCACCCCCCAAAUCCCCCCUGUAGACUUCUACGUGGACAAGUUAUAAAUGACAAAGUAUAAUAAAACAAAAUCUAGUGUCCAUGUUUCAAGUCCAUUAUUCUGAUAACUUUGAAUAUUAAUUUUACCUGAUAAUAAAGAAAUUUUCUGUUCUCGAUGGAUACAAUUAUAAAUUGGAUUAUAAGUACAAUUUUCGUAAUAUAAUUCUGAUAAUAGGUUUAGUGCUGUGCUUAAAACUCAAAGCUACAGUACACGUUUUUGUAAAGUGUUAGCAUAAAUUAUUUUAAAAUUUUUGAGAGAGCUAAGUUUGUUGAAAAAAGAAAUCAUGAAAAAAUAAAAUAUUU